CUCCCCCUCGACCGUGACAUAAGCAGGAGAGGCAGGACUGCAGAGGCAAUCAUGAUCGUACAUCAGACGGCGAGGCGGCGAGGAAGGCUGACCUAACCCUCCUGUCUCUCUCCGUCUUGCCUGCAGUGGGGUAGCUGCUGACGGAGUUCACCCCCACCACGUGGUGGGGGGGGGGCGGAGAGAGAGCACGGCGCGGAGAGUGCGAGGGGUGGCCGCGUCGUACAGGCGGGAGGGCAGCACCCUGGUGGGCAAGCGAGCGGGGCGUCAGGGCUACCGGGUGGGAGGGCAGCGAUGGCGACGGCCGCCAGCAAGGCUCACGCGGGCAGCGUGACCAAUCGCAGCGACCCUCGCUCCGUCAACUCCCGCGUCUUCAUCGGGAACCUCAACACGGCCGAGCAGGUGUCGCGCUCGGAGGUGGAGGCGCUGUUCGCCGAGUACGGGCCCGUGCUGGGGGUGUCGCUGCACCGAGGCUACGCGUUCGUGCAGUACGGGGACGCGCGCAGCGCACGCCUCGCCGUCUCCGCCGUCAACGGCCGCGUGCUCGCCGGCCAGACCCUGGACAUCAACAUGGCCGGGGAGCCCAAGCCAAACCGCCACAAGCCAGGAGGCGGCAAGAGGGCAGCCGCUGCACUCUACGGGAGCAGCUUUGAUUUUGACUACGACUACUACCGAGAGGAUUUCUACAAUCGGCUCUACGAGUUCCCCGUGCAGGCACCGCCGCCGCCGCUGCCGCCGCUGGCCCUGCUGCCGGCCAAGCGGCCCCGCAUCUCGGCGCCGGCUCCGCCACGCCGGGGCAAGGGCGGCUUCCCCAUGAAGGGCGGCCCACGCUCCACCAUCACUGGCACCGCGGCCCCCGCGCCCAAACUGCGGGCCCUGAGUCUGCAGGCCAUCAAGGGGGAGCUGCGGCAGGUGAAGUUCCGCAUCGAUUCGCUCCUGGAGAAUCUGGAGAAGAUCGAGAAGGAGCAGAGACCUCAGAACGGUCUGUCGUGUAGCUCCUCCUCUGCGGGAGCCUCCGCCGCUGGCACCGCUGGGACCUCCUCCAAGCUCGCGGAUGCGCCGGCGGCAGCGCGCAGCGACGGCGCCGCCGCGAACCCGGAGGUCGCGGAGGGAGAGGACCACGGCCUCGCCGAGCCUCGCUCCUCCGGGGAGCAGCGCCUGACGAACAGCCACACAUGCGACCAGGAUGGAAUACAGUGACCGCUGCGAUUCCGGAUCCGCGCCCGAGGUUCACGAUUUUCCGGCGCAAGACCUGGGGGGGUUGGGGGGGUUUGGGGGGCACGUUACCAAUGGAAAACGUCGACGACUCGGCGCAAAAUACCACCACGUGACUAGGCCCCAAUAGAAAAAAGCAAACAUUGACGUUAAACACAAAGAUAAACUACAGCAGCAACAAGAUACACGAAUAAAACAAAGAUUUUUUUUGAGUCGUAAAAACAAUAACCUGAUAGAAUUACUUUCUUACAGAAGGAGGCACAGUUUUUUUUUAUUACAUUCUAAAUAUUUUUUCUUACGGUUUUGACAACUGUAGUCUCAACAUUGCGUGUGUGUGUGUUGUCUUUAUAAUUGUGUUAACAUUUCCACGGGUGAUUUUCUUCAUUCCAGGCGCCACAAAGCUCUAUCCACAUCCUUUAGCCUUUUUUUUAAGGGAAUAAUAAUUCUUCAUCUGCGUACGCAGCACUUUUACACCGGCCACACCCGAACCACACCAGCACGGGGCAACCAACACAUUGAAAUGCCAGCCUCACAAAAGAGACAUCUGCAAUCUGGUUCGGUGGCCAAGCAGGGCCAGGGGCGGGGCUAAUGACGUGUGCAAGUGCGUGAGACGUCAGUCAAGUACAACUCAGAAUUAAUAAAGGUUUUUUUUUCUUUCUUUGGGGGUGGGGUGGGGGGGGGUUAGAUCACGUAAAUAUAAAUUUGUGUCGUUAAGCCCGCCACCACCCCGAGCACACAUUUACUGUCCUCCAGCACAUCGGUGGUGCUGAAGUAGCACAUAAUUGGCACGUUUUUGUUUAUGACAAACCUUACUAAUUGGCUGUGUGGUCGGGUGGUGGCGGUUUUAAUGACACAUGUUAUUUUUAAAGUACCUAACCCAAAAAAAAACCACUUUAUUAUUAAUAAUAUUGCUCGCCAAAGCCCUACUACUACUUCUACGUGUUAAACAACACGGAAAGGCGUCAAGUGCUCGUUCAACGCACGUGGCUCAGCUUCUGCAGUGGAAAAAAAUAAUUAUGUCUGCGCCAGGCUAGUUUGCCAAAGGGCCCUGGCAUGGCUCGGUUGUGCAGUGGAAAAGAACAUGCUGGCAGCACCAAGCUCGCUUGGCAGUGUCCUGGCAUGGCUCGGUUGUGCAGUGGAAAAACCAUGCUGGCUGCACCAGGCUAGUUUCGCAGGGACCCUGGCAUGGCUCGGAUAUGCAGUGGAAAAUACGGAUAUUAGUUGGGCUUCAUUCAUGAUUAUGUGCGACUUGUGUGUGUGUGCUGUAUUUGAAACAUAUCCACCACGUAUUUAUAACCUUUCAUAACGACGAUGAUAUAAACAACUUAUAAUAAAAACAAACGUGAACA